AUGUCCGUUCUUUCAGAGUAUUUAGUGGUGACAGGGGCAGAGCGAGCCAUCUUUGCCACUGCGGGUAAGGACGUGGUGCUAAACUGCUCUGUAGAUCCACGUGUACCAGCCAGCGAGAUCGAAGAAGUGACCUGGAAGAAGAUGGACAGAGAGAAACAAAGUGACAUAUCUGUCCUGCUUUAUCAAGACAAGAGGAUCUACUCAGACUUCUCACAUGAGAGUUACCAGGACAGAGUUCAUUUCUUUUCUUCAGAAAUCCCGAAAGGAAACUUCUCACUAAAGCUCAUGAAUGUAAGGAUGGAAGAUAAAGGAGAAUUCGUGUGUGAGGUCCACACCAGGAACAUGUCAGGACUUACCACUGUGUUUCUGGAAAGAAUUGAGCAUGUGCAAAAAGUUGUGAAGUCUUUGGCUGUACCGCUUUACUACUCGAUUCUAGCAAUAGCUACAUGUUCAGUUUUUUUUGAUAAACUGCUUCAGGCUCAGACAGCAUAUGAACAUAUGAUAACAUUAAUGGCGGUGGUAAUAACCGUGUCUCUCAUCGGCGCUGUCAUUUUAGCUAUAUUUGAUCUGAGGAUGUAUUCGACUGUGUGCCUCGAAACCUUCAAUGGCGCUUUGCUUGCUAUUUUUCUCCAUCAAUCUAGAAAAGAUUAUUUUGAGCUCUGUUCAAUCCGUAUUGUGAACAAUCCAUGCAUCGACCACAUACCGAUAACUGCAACAUUGCCACCCCUCAUCAUUUCACUGAUGAUUCUUCUGUUUUUUCAAAAACAUUACUUUCAACGGAAACCUUUCAGGUGUCUGCAUAUUGCUGUGGCAUCUGCUUUUGUGAUUUCAUACAGCCUGCUGGAUAUAUCCUUUUUUGUGCUCAUUGGAUUUAUCAUUAGAGAUUUUGCCACAGUAUGGAUUUUUCCUGUUGAGUCAGUAAUCUAUAUCCUUGCAUGGCUAGCAGUGAUUUGUCUGCUGCGAAGCCAAAGACUGGGAUGUUGCGCCCAACGGAGAGGGCUUGGAUAUUUGUGUUGCGUUGUCAUUGUCAUGUUUCUGAUCAUUGCAAUCGGUGCACUCUGCCUUCAUUUUUCUACAGAGGCAAUGGAACAUAAAAAAGAUCAUGCUGGAUAUGUGGCUUUGGUAGUUUUACUUCAUGUUUUAGCAGCAACAUCCUUGUUCAAACAUCCAAAACAUUUGCCUGAGUUUCUUCACAUUAUGAUCUACAUGUUCGGAUCCGUAGGACUCGUUGUUUUAAACUCACUCAUUCUAGUCGUGGAAUUAUUUCUAAAAGCAGGGAAAGGAGUACGGACUGUAGGAGAUCUGCGUGUGAUUGUUUUACCGUUUGAAACAGUGUUUGUUUUGACUUGGCUCGCUUUGCUAAUCUGCAGUGCUUGGAAGAGAUUACAAGUCCGAAUAAAAAAGAAUUUUGAAGACGGGAAAGUAGCAGCAGCUGAGGAAAUAGAGGUCCUUCCUGUCCGAUCAUCCUGACGUAUCCAAGGAGAUCAAUAAAAUAUGAAUCUGCCUGAUAUACUAUACCUCAUACCUUGUGAAUGGAUUACAGACGAAUCUGGACAAAUGUAGUAAUGGAACAUUGUGAAAUUGUCUCACAUUUCCAGUUCCUUCAGGACUUUCAGUACACUUUCUGUCCUAAUCAUUUUAGUUGAACUCUGCCUUAACAAACAUGUGUACAGAUGUGUUGUCUUUAAUAAUCUACAAGUAAGAUACUUUCAUUUAAUUGUAGCUGUUUAACCCGUUCCAUUUUGUUACCUCUUUUCAUGUUGCUCCUGUUUUGUUUAAUAAAAAUAAAAGUUUGUUGUUUACAGU